UACAAAGAAAAAGAAAGACGUGAUUUACCAAAAAUAUAACAACUUACAAAUCAGAUUCGUUGAUCAGUUUCUCUAAAACUUGGAUAUCUGUCAAACCCAAAAGAGAGAACAAGACAAGCGCCCAGGUUUUGUCGUUCAAAGUCUUCCCCAUUUCAUCAUCAUCAUCGUUAUUGGUUUUCUCUUGUUCUCUUUGAUUCAUUUCGAUUUCGAAGAAACAAGAUUAAACCCACAAGAAAUCCCUUUUAAUAAUUGAAACAUUGGAGUAAAUACGAGACCCUCUUCGUCCUUGGUCAAUCCGGUAGCGAGGAUCAAUGGGUUGUGCUGCCAGCAAGACUGCUGAUUCCAAAGCCGACCGCCUGUCACGGUGGAGCGCCACCGGCAUUGUGGGCUUACGCGACGCCAAAUUAAAGUCGUUUCCAGAUGAAGUUCUUGAGCUGGAUAGAUCAGUACGGACUCUUGAUUUGACACACAACAAAUUAGCUGACAUUCCAGAGGAGAUCAGCAAAUUCGUAAACAUGCAGAGGCUGAUAUUGGCUGAAAAUAUAAUCGAGCGCCUUCCAGGGAACGUGGGAAAACUUCAGUCUUUGAAGCUAUUAAAUCUCGAUCAAAAUAGAGUUACUUUUUUACCCGAUGAAUUGGGCCAACUUGUGAAACUUGAGCGGUUAUCCAUCUCGGGCAACCAGUUAACCAACCUGCCCGAAACCAUUGGAAGCUUGCGCAAUUUAUUGCUGUUGAAUGUGUCAAAUAAUCAACUGAAAUUUCUUCCGGAAUCUAUUGGCAGCUGUUAUUCUUUAGAAGAGCUACAAGCAAAUGAAAAUUCUAUUGAAGAACUGCCUCCUUCGGUCAGCAAUCUCAUUCACCUGAAGUCACUAUGCUUGGACCAUAACAAAGUCAAAAAGAUACCUCCAAGUUUAUUGAAGGAAUGCAAGACUCUACAAAAUAUUUCACUGCAUAAUAAUCCCAUAUCUAUGGAUCAAUUCCAAUCGAUGGAAGGAUUUCAAGAAUUUGAAGCUCGGAGGAAAAAGAAAUUUGACAAAAAGAUAGAUUCAAAUGUGAUGAUGGGUUCUAAAGGCCUUGAUGAAGGCGUCGAUCUGUAAAAUUAAACCUCCAUACCAUUUUUAGUGAAGGCCUUACAUCAUAUCAUAUGUUAAUUUUGAGUUCAUAUUUAGUGAAGGUCUUAUUGUACAUAACAAAACAUACUUGAAUUACAAGUUAAAAAUGUAUCUGCAAUUGAAAUAGACAAAGUGUUA